GGUUGGUUUAAUGACAGGAAGUGUGUGCGACAACUGAAAACAGAAGGAAAUCUGUAGAGUUUUGCGCUUCGAUAAGUCGAAACGACCAAGUGAAUUAUGACUUUUAAGGCUGACGGCAGGCAAAGAUCAUGCAAUGGAGGUCAAUAGUCGUGGGUCUUUUUGUUUUGAGGGUGGUUCUACAUUGCGCCGUGUGGCUCGUGUUCGGACUGGGUCCCAGCUGGGGCUUUGAUUUCCCCAUAAAGUUCACGUUCAACUUGCAUAAAUUUGAACUCCUCAAGAAUGAAGACCAAGCCACGGCCAAACCCAGCCAAUGGUCACAGCACAUGUACGAGGACAGAAACCCGCAGGCAAAGACCUGCUCCAAGAUAAGCGAGAACUCACCCAAGAAAUUCUACGUCAGUUUCUUUCGGGACGGCAGAGAUGAGUACGACAAAAAGUACAGCUCGUUCCCUGACGCACUCAAAGUCAAGAUGAGGGGAAGGGCGAGGGAUAUGUUUUAUUUCGGAUACGAUAACUACAUGAAGUUUGCCUUUCCGGAGGAUGAACUCAACCCUAUAGCCUGUAAAGGUCGAGGGCCUGACGUGCUCAACCCGUCAAAUAUCAACAUCAAUGAUGUCCUUGGAAACUACUCUCUGACGCUCAUCGAUGCUCUUGAUACACUGUUGGUUCUUGGAAAUGUGACCGAAUUCCAUCGAGCUGUCAAGCUAGUUAUUGAUACGGUCUCUUUUGACAAGGACUCCACCGUUCAGGUCUUUGAGGCCAACAUUAGAAUCCUUGGCAGUUUGAUCUCGGCCCAUAUUUUGCUCACUGACCCACGACACCCGUUUGGUGACGUUGGACUGAAGGACUACGAUAAUGAACUUUUGCACCUUGCACACGACCUGGCUGUGCGACUGCUUCCUGCCUUUGAGAACACAAGCACGGGCAUCCCCUACCCCAGGGUGAAUUUAAAGAAGGGUGUCCCACCUGACAGCAUUAAUGAAACGUGUACUGCAGGAGCGGGCUCGCUGCUCGUGGAGUUUGGGAUGCUGAGCCGUCUGAUUGGUGACUCUACAUUUGAAUGGGUUGCCCGGCGGGCUGUUAGAGCUCUGUGGAACUUAAGAAGCAAUGAAACCGGGUUGCUGGGGAACGUUGUGAACAUUCAGACUGGACAGUGGGUCGGAAGGCAGAGUGGUCUUGGUGCGGGCAUGGAUUCGUUUUAUGAGUACUUGCUGAAGUCUUACAUCUUGUUCGGAGAGAAAGAGGACUACAGGAUGUUCACUGCGGCUUACGAGAGCAUUCAGAGCCACUUGAGAAGAGGAAGAGAGGCAUGCAAUGAAGGAGAGGGCGAUCCACCGCUGUAUGUAAAUGUAAACAUGUUUAACGGACAGAUCAUGAACACUUGGAUUGACUCUCUGCAGGCGUUUUUCCCAGGACUACAGGUUUUGAAUGGAGAUGUUGAAAACGCCAUUUGCCUUCACGCCUUCUACUAUGCAAUCUGGAAGCGUUUCGGGGCACUUCCUGAGCGAUACAACUGGCAGCUUCAGGCCCCAGAUGUGCUUUUCUACCCUCUGAGACCUGAACUUGUAGAAUCCACAUACCUGCUUUAUCAGGCUACCAAGAAUCCUUUUUAUCUUCAUGUGGGGAUGGACAUUCUGGAAAGCAUUGAAAAGAAUACCAAAGUCAGGUGUGGUUAUGCUACGCUACAUCACGUUGUGGACAAGUCCAAGGAGGAUCGCAUGGAGAGUUUCUUCCUCAGUGAAACCUGCAAAUACCUUUAUUUGCUCUUUGAUGAAGACAACCCACUGCACAAGUCUGAGAAUAAACACAUCUUCACUACCGAGGGCCAUGUAGUGCCAAUAGAUCAACGCUUUAGGCAAAAGAGCUGGGACGAGCAGUUCUCCUCUGAAGCGCCCCAAAAAGAGCCACAUGCCAACAUAAGCAACUGUGAACGGAUUCCUGAAGAGCGACGUUUCGGGCUUCCACUAAAAAGCGUGUACAUGCGGCAGAUUGACCAAAUGGUUGGGCUGUAUUGAUGUCAGUAUUGCCCACUGGAGCCCCGGAGGCCUCAAGACUUUAGGAACCCCCUGGUGGGGUUAAACAUGUAUACAGACAAACUUUAAGUCUCUUUUGCACAGAGAGUGGUGUCGUGCUGGUUAAAUGAAUUAACUGAACGUUACCAAGUGAUCUUCUUUGUGGACAUAGUCAAUUUUGACCAGCCUUGGAAUUUGAUUGCACAUUUUGAUACAGCAAAGCUCAAAGGGCAAAAGGAAACAUUCAGGGCGAUUUGUGAAUUCAAAACAGAAAAAUCCGUUGUUAAACUACUUUUGAUUCUCUGGGCUGAUUUUUAUGUGCAAUUUUAUAUUGUGCAAUCGUGUAUGUUUACACACAGUUUUCCAGCAAGUUUUCUACAGUGCCAUGUUUAAUGAAAACUUGAUCUAGUAUUAUUAAGGGCUAUAAUAGGGUGACAGUUUUAAAACUUGUCUCAAGGAACAAACUCUUGCUUAAGUUUUACUCUAGAAAAGCAACAUUUUUGUUUUCUGUGCGCCUUUUAGCAACACACACAACAUGGGUUUUAUUUAAUACAAAUCUUUGCGAAAAUUCUUCUAGUUUGCAAUCACAGUCUUUAGGUUGUCGAAAUUUGUGCCUUGCUUUUCAGAACACUGUGGCUUUUUUAUUUACAUGGUUUUAUGUUUAGGUUUGUUACAUAGACUACAUAAUUGGUACAGUCUUCAUUUCUUAGCAUUUUAUUGUCAAUUAAAUAAAUUUAAUUAAAACAUAAUUUUGAAAAAAGAAACUUUAACAUGUUUGGCCAAAUAUCACAGCAUUUAGCAUGCAGCAUGUGCCUUUUACAAGUUUUGUUUAGUCCUCAGGGUCAUUAGUAUAUGUGAUGUUUAAGAUGUAUUAUUGAUGUUUUAUGCCUAGUUGAUAUUGGUGAAAAUAUUUUCUGGAUAAAGCCAUAAAAAGGGAUAAUGAUCAUCAUGAUAAGAUUGAAUGCUUUCCUUCGAUUUUCUGUUUUCUUAGGGGACUUUCAGAGCAUAGACUGUAAUUAAUGACAGUUUUUCAACUUUGGUGUCAGAUGCUAGAAUUCUAAAUUGAUAAGAUUAAGGUUAAUAGCAUCAUCUGGCUAACUGUUGAUUUAAUUGUGAUAUAACAUGGUUUAAAAAGGUGACACUGUGCACUUUAUAUAAUUAAAAUGAAAACCAUCA